UUUAUCUCGAUUUUCGAUAUCACGUAUUCUCGUGUGCCGUGCGCUCGUGCUCAAUUCACUUCGUAAUUUGUGAAUUUGAUUCAUGAAUUGAUGUUUGUCAUAUCUUAGGAGUUAGGACAUAGUUCGUGGGGUACUGUGCAUAUCAAAAAUUUGGGUAUUACACCCGGGUUUCUCAGAAAAAUUAAAUAUAAUCAUUUAAUAGUUUUCUUUCAUUAGAGUAUUAGACAUGUCUCUAGCAGAACCCAGAAAACGGCGAAAGAACGCUAUACAAAGUAUUAAUUUGUCGGCCCCAAAUCACUGGACAAAUGAUGAUUCAAAGUUUGGACAGCGGAUGCUUGAAAAAUUUGGUUGGUCUAAAGGAUCUGGCCUUGGAAAAAAUAAGCAAGGAAUAUCAGAAAACAUAAGAGUUGAACACAAAGUGCACCCUACAGGACUAGGAUUUAUAGCAAAUAAUGCAGACGAUUGGUUCAAAGCAGGUGAAGAUUAUUCACGCUUAUUAUCACAAUUAACAGAAAAGUUUGACCAAUACCAAGCACUAUCAGAACCAAAUAAUGAUACAACUUCUAAAAAAUCACUUGUUGAAAAUUCAUUAAAUUCAAGAUCAAGAGUUCAUUACCACAAAUUCACUAAGGGAAAAGAUUUAACACAAUAUAAAAAAGAAGAAUUGGCAUGCAUAUUAGGAAAAGGUGUUAAAGAUGAUGAUGAAAGUUUAAAUGGUUUAAAUAUGAAAGAAUAUUUUGAAUCCAAAAAAGAACGUAAAAAAUUAAAAAUAGAUAAACAUGAUACAUCAUCAAGUAAUGAAGAUAAUAACACUAUGGAAGAAGCAAUUUCUAUUAAAGACAAAGCGGAAACUCAAACUGAAGAACAAGAAGUUAAUACCAUGCUACUAAAAAAAAAUAAACGCAGAGCCAAACAGCUUAAAGAUACUGAACUUAUACCUCUGAAUGCAGAUGAAAUUCAGUUUAAAAAAAAGAAAAAAAAAGAGAAAGAACUCAUCUGUGAAAAAAAUGAUGACAUUGAAGUGUCAAAAAAAAAAACCAAGAAAAAUAAAUUAACUACCAACGAGAAUUUAGAUGAAAUAUCUAAAGAAGAUGACAACAAAACAUUAGUAAAAAAUGAUGUUGAUGAACAAAACUCGGAAUUGGUUUUGACGCAUAAAUAUCAAAAUUUAGUUGAUCUCUUAAUAGAGAACAGUUCUGCAGGUACUAAAUUUUGUAAGGAUUCACCAAAUCCUUUGUUCCAAAAAAAAAUGAAAAAGUUUGCUGAUAGUGUCGCUCAUCAAUGCUCAACCACAGUUAAUUCUACUGAAAUAAAAUCUUCAAAAAAAGAAACGACUCUUAAUCCAAUAACUUUGAAUCCGGAUGCUGAAAAUUUUAUUAAAGACUUUGAAGAACAGAAAUCCAAAUCUCUUGAGAUUAUAGCUAAACGUCAACAAUUGGCAAAAUACGUAAAUGAAAAAUCUAUGUUUAUUGCUAAUCACGGGGAUGUGUUAUUCUUUGGUAGUAAUAUAAAUGAUAUCAAAGGCUAUGGUGAAUGGUAAAUUAAAUUUUAUAAUAAAUAUCAAUAUUCUUCAAUA